UGCCGUGCGGACCCGAGGGAGGAUUCCCCACGUAAAGGCUUCGUCAUGGAAUUGCAGGAUUCCUUUUAUCCCAGAGCUCAGUAUAUUGAGACUG